AUGAUAUACCUUGGAUGUUUCCUGUUUCUCUUUGGGAUUACACAUGUCAUGGCAAGUUAUCCAAUCUGGUGGUCCCUGGCUGUGGGCCAUCAGUACUCGUCCCUGGGCACUCAGCCCAUCCUGUGCGGCAGCAUCCCCGGCCUGGUGCCCAAGCAGCUGCGCUUCUGCCGCAACUACGUGGAGAUCAUGCCCAGCGUGGCCGAGGGUGUGAAGAUUGGCAUCCAGGAGUGCCAGCAUCAGUUCCGGGGCCGCCGUUGGAACUGCACCACCAUCAACGACAACCUGGCCAUCUUUGGACCGGUACUCGACAAAGGUACCACCAGAGAGUCUGCGUUUGUGCACGCCAUAGCCUCUGCCGGCGUGGCCUUCGCCGUGACGCGCUCCUGUGCCGAGGGCUCGGCCACCAUCUGCGGCUGCGACACGCGGCACAAGGGCCCGCCUGGAGAAGGCUGGAAGUGGGGCGGUUGCAGUGAGGAUGUGGAGUUUGGCAGCAUGGUGUCCCGAGAGUUCGCCGACGCCCGGGAGAACCGGCCUGAUGCUCGCUCGGCCAUGAACCGACAAAACAACGAAGCCGGACGGGUGUCCAUCGCCGACCAUAUGUACCUAAAGUGCAAGUGCCACGGCCUGUCGGGCAGCUGUGAGGUCAAGACAUGUUGGUGGUCCCAGCCUGACUUCCGGGUGAUCGGCGACUACAUGAAGGACAAGUAUGACAGCGCCUCUGAGAUGGUGGUGGAAAAGCACCGGGAGUCUCGCGGGUGGGUGGAGACCCUGAGGCCCAAGUACACCUUCUUCAAGCCUCCCACGGACCGGGACCUGGUCUACUACGAGAACUCGCCGAACUUCUGCGAGCCCAACCCCGAGACGGGUUCCUUCGGCACGAGGGACCGCGAAUGCAACCUGACCUCCCACGGCAUCGACGGGUGCGACCUGCUCUGCUGUGGCCGCGGCCACAACACCCGGACAGAGAAGCGCAAGGAUAAAUGCCACUGCAUCUUCCACUGGUGCUGCUACGUCAGCUGCCAGGAGUGUGUGCGCGUGUACGACGUCCACACCUGUAAAUAAGGACCUGUAAGGCGCGGCGGCCCUCCCAAUGCCUGACCAAAACGAAACUUCAUUGUUGCGUGGAGGCCACAAAAAACAGCGUGGGCAUCAAACGCCCAGGGGACAUUCGGAUGAGAUGUGUGUGGAUAAAGAGAAAGACAGACAAACACUGGUCAAGUUAAGCUGACUACUUCAUGGAUUCACCCUCCAAGGACCAGGCACUCGACCUAUAUGGUCCUCCUGGUCAUGUGAUGCUGAAUGUCAUGGAACGACAUGACUUUCUGAAGGCAUUGCAGUUUUGUCUCUGUGAACAAGGUAUGGUUUAAUUUUGUGAGAUAACCAUUCCAUGUGUGAGUAAAUGAAGGGUGGAUAAAGAAAAACAAGGCGGUUGUACCCCUCGGGCAAGUAGAAGUCACCUGGACAGAAUGGGCCUCAAACACAAGGAGCAACUUAAUGUGAUAUAUUACAAUGGUUGCAUAAUCUUUGUGAUCAAAAUACUGCUGAUGAAAACUGCACUGACAACAUGGCAUCUCUUGUCAAACCAUCAGUGAUAGCUUAAGUUCGAUUUCACUACUCUGAAAGGUACUGAAAGCACAUAAUAUGCUUUUUUUUAUGAAAUAUUUUGUGAGUACAAGGUAGUUAUCAAAAGGUGCAACUAUAUUAGCGUUAGCUUAAAGACUACACAGAAAGCACAAUGUACUCAUUUUACCUAUGUGAGUGUUAUCAAACAUGUUGACUGAGUGAGUGAGUGUCUCUGUUUUGAGAAUAGUGUUAGCUUUAUACUAACCUUUUGGUAAGAAUGCACUUG